CGGGUUUUCUUAGUUUGUUUUUCGCAGUCGUUGUUGAGAAGAACGGCCUCGCUUCACGGAGCUCGUGAAUUCGGAACCGCCGGGAAAGAAGUGCGCCAUGUAAUGUAUUGGAGCCCGUUAGCAUCUCAGCUAAGCUAGUCGGCGACUUAUGAAUGAGGCACAACACGGGCUGCUAGCUGGCUUUUACACGGCGGCGAGUGAGCGAUUGGAUGGCCGCCGAAUGCACGUUGACGUUCGGUGCGGUGGUUGUGCGACUUUUGCUCUGCUCGCGUGACUUAGCAUGGCGACUGCACGCAACCGCUGCGCUGACGUUGAUGGCCGGAGUCACGUCGUUCAUCCGCCGCAGGCGACUUCAGCUCAACGGCUCGUCGCUUUUCAUGCCGGCGCCGCCCGAGCUCCACGCCCGACGCUUUGCGGGCUGCAGAUGUACGCGUGGGAGAUCUCGGAUCAGCUGCUGCAGCUCAAACAGGACGUGGAGUCGUGUUAUUUUGCCGCUCAGACCAUGAAGAUGAAGAUCCAGACUUCCUUCUACGAGCUUCCACCCGAUUCCCACAACGCGCUGCGAGACUCACUGCUGUCUCAUAUCCAGAACCUCAAAGACCUGUCGCCCAUCAUCGUCACCCAGCUGGCGCUGGCCAUCGCCGACCUCGCUCUUCAGAUGGCGUCGUGGAAAGGAUGUGUGCAUACGCUCAUUGAAAAGUACAACGGUGACAUCAGCUCCAUGCCCUUCCUCAUCGAGAUCCUGACUGUGCUGCCCGAAGAGGUCCACAGCCGCUCGCUACGUAUCGGAGCCAAUCGCAGGACAGAGAUUAUCGAGGACUUGGCUUAUUACUCGUCCACCGUGGUCACGCUACUGGCGUCGUGUGUGGAAAAGACGGGAAAUAAUGAGAAGAUGCUCAUCAAGGUUUUUCGUUGUCUGGGGAGCUGGUUCAACCUGGGGGUCCUAGAUAGCAACUUCAUGGCCAGUAAUCAGCUGCUCAUGGUUCUCUUCCAAGUGCUGCAGAGGGACGACACGUCGACCAAUCUCCACGAGGCGGCCGCAGACUGCGUGUGCUCUGCCCUCUACGCCAUUGAGAACGUGGACACCAACGCCACGUUGGCGCUGCAGCUCUUCCAGGGCGUCCUGACGCUGGAGACGGCCUAUCACAUGGCGGUGGCCCGCGAAGACCUCGACAAAGUUCUUAACUAUUGCAGAAUCUUCACUGAGCUUUGCGAGACCUUUUUGGAGACGACGGUCAGGAGUCCCGGUCAGGGAAUGGGAGACUUGAGGACGCUGGAGCUGCUUCUGAUCUGUGCCGGACAUCCCCAGUACGAGGUGGUGGAAAUCUCCUUUAACUUCUGGUACCGGCUCGGAGAGACUCUGUACAAGAUCAGCGACGUUGGCCUCCACAGCAUUUUCCGACCGUACAUUCAGAGACUACUGCACUGUUUGGCCCGGCAUUGUCAGCUCGACCCGGAUCACGAAGGAAUUCCUGAGGAGACGGACGAUUUUGGGGAGUUCAGGAUGAGGGUUUCUGACCUAGUGAAAGAUGUCAUUUUUCUCGUCGGGUCGAUGGAGUGCUUUUCUCAGCUGUAUUCUACCCUCAAAGAUGGCAACCCCCCUUGGGUGGUGACUGAAGCCGUUCUCUUCAUAAUGGCUGCCAUCGCCAAAAGUGUUUACCCUGAAAACAACGCAACCCUGUUGGAGGUGUUGCAGCAGGUGGUGCUGCUGCCGGAAGUGGUUCACAUGGCGGUGCGUUACACGAGUAUCGAGCUGGUCGGAGAGAUGAGUGAGGUCGUGUACAGAGACCCCAGAUUCCUUGACCCGGUCUUGAACUACCUGAUGAAAGGUCUGAGAGAGAAACCCCUGGCCUCGGCCGCCGCCAAGGCGAUCCACAACAUUUGCUCCGUGUGUCGGGACCACAUGGCGCAGCACUUCCAGGGCCUACUGGACAUCGCUCGCUCCCUGGACUCCUUUGCGCUGUCCACAGAGGCCGCCGUCGGACUGCUCAAAGGCACGGCGCUGGUCCUGGGUCGUCUUCCUCUGGAAAAGAUCGCAGAGUGCCUCGGUGACUUGUGUGCCGUUCAGGUCGCGGCCCUUAAAAAGCUUCUGGCCGAAGAAUCGACGAACGGUCGCUCGGCCGAUCCGACCGUCUGGCUGGACAGACUGGCCGUCAUUUUCAGACACACAAACCCCAUCGUGGAGAACGGCCAGACGCACCCGUGUCAGAAGGUCAUCCAGGAGAUCUGGCCCGUGCUGUCCGAGACACUCAACACUCACCAGGCGGACAACCGCAUCGUGGAACGGUGCUGUCGCUGCCUCCGCUUCGCCGUGCGCUGUGUCGGAAAAGGCUCGGCCUCCUUACUGCAGCCCCUGGUUACUCAGAUGGUGAGCGUGUACCAGGUGUAUCCGCACUCGUGCUUCUUGUACCUGGGCAGCAUCCUGGUGGACGAGUACGGUAUGGAGGAGGGCUGUCGGCAGGGCCUGCUCGACAUGCUGCAGGCUCUGUGCAUGCCGACGUUCCAGCUUUUGGAGCAAGCCAACGGCCUUUUGAACCACCCCGACACGGUCGACGACCUCUUCAGACUGGCGACGAGGUUCGUGCAACGGAGUCCCGUCACGCUGCUGAGCAGCAGCAUUAUCGUCCACAUCAUCCAGUGCGCCAUCGCCGCCACCUCGCUGGACCACAGAGACGCCAACUGCAGCGUCAUGAAGUUUGUCCGAGACCUGAUCCACACCGGCGUGGCCAACGACCACAUGGACGACUUUGAUUUGAGGAAGCAGCUGAUCGGUCAGGCCAUGGAGCAGCACGGCCAGCAACUCGUCACGCAGCUCAUGCACUCGUGUUGCUUCUGUCUGCCCCCGUACACGCUGCCCGACAUCGCCGAAGUCUUGUGGGAGGUCAUGGUUUUCGACCGGCCGACCUUCUGCCGCUGGUUGGAGAGCGCUCUGAAAGGCUUGCCCAAGGAGACGUCGGGAGGGACGGUGACGGUGACGCACAAACAGCUGACGGAUUUUCACAAACAAGUCACCAGCGCUGAUGAUUGUAAGCAAGUGUGUUGGGCCAUCAGAGAGUUCACCAGACUGUUCCGGUAAACGCACGUACAAGGUGUUUUGGCGGUCGAGAGGCGGCAGCGAAAGCUGCGACUGCUGACGGAGAUCUGACGGGAGGAGUCGGGACUGAUUUGUGUAAAGGCGGGACACUCGGCCGGAUCUCGACGACUUAAACAGAACAGAUGCACCUGCAGCAGGUGGGAGGUGGGAGGGGCAGGCCAAGGAGGAAAAGUUCACAAAGUGAACCGACGGGUGAGAAGCGCAAUGUGCCUGGUCAACUGUUUUUAAGAGAAACUUUAUUUUUGGGACUUUGGUCAUGGUAGUUUUGGCGAUGCUGUACAAAGAGCCAAAUGAUAUCCCGUGAUGCUCUUGGCCGGAUGACUUGAUGUCGUCCCCUUUGACCAUUUUAAAGUUUGCUUAUUUUUUAGUUGUGUUGCUGCAGAGUGUCACUAUGGACUCUGGCAAAUGCCAGACUGACGGAUGAAAUCUUGGCAGCUGUUGCCUCGUUGUAGACAAUAAACAACUGAAACAACAAA